GAGUACCACUAGCUUUUUGAGACCCACCGGCUAGGCAGGGAUCCUGGAAAGCCCGCCUCUUUCAUUUUCCGCAAAACAGUGUCUACUGUUUGUAGGAAGUCACUGUAUUCCACUUCUUUGACCAAAAUUAUUGGUAGUCUGUUCAGCAGCAUCGUUUCGGAAUGAAAGUCCAAGUCAUUAAAAACCAGAGUCAGUUUGAUCAAGCACUAAAAGAUGCUGGCUCCCAACUUGUGGUGGUUGAUUUCUCAGCUGAGUGGUGUGGUCCUUGUAAAGGAAUUAAGCCAUUUUACCACGAGCUGUCCGAGAAAUACAGUGAGGUAGUGUUCCUUGAAGUUGACGUUAAUGAUGCUGAGGAUGUGUCUGUGUCAUGUGGCAUUAGCUGUAUGCCAACCUUUUAUUUCUACAAGGAUGGAGUAAAGGUUCAUGAAUUUUCUGGGGCGAACAAGGAAAAGCUUGAGGAUAAAAUUCAGACACUAAAAUAAUCUUCGAAAGCAACUGCUGUUAGAAGUAAAACAAUAUUGCCUUGAAUAAAUGUAAUUUUAUUUGUGAUUCUUUCUAUUCUAAUUCCACAUAUGAACUCCAACAAGCUGUGAAACUGGAAUCUGGUUAAAGUAAUAGACUUCUUGAACUGAGGGGUAGUGUGGGUCCAUAGUACUAUCACUGUAAUUGUUUUUUUUUUUUUUUCUAAAUCUAGGUCUUAAGCAUGUAUAAAAAAUGAGUCUGGCUCAUGCUUGAAAUAUCCAUAUUCAAGUCUGUUCCAGCAGGUGCAGAUUUUUAGUAAGUUUAAGAUACCAAACUCAUUUCGUGUAUGCCAAGAUGCCAGGAUUUUGUACACAUUUCCUACUUUAAAUUGCAUUACUGCAUUUAGGAAUGCAUCCGUGUGCCAGCUGAAAACAGCAUGGGAAUUUGACAGCAGCAUGCAAAGUGCACAUGGCUAGGAGAAAGGGCACAUUUUGCAUUGUUAGUAUCUAAUUGUAGUGCUUAACUCCUGAGAAAUGUUAUUGAGAUAUAUAAUCAUGACAGAAAUUAAAAAAAAUUGUAAAUCCACUGUUUACAUGGAAAUGAUGGACUUGCUUGCAAAAAUGCAUUCUAUGAUGUUUUGCUCUUUAGUAAAUAUUUAGACUUCCUUUUAGUUGAUCAUAACCAUUUACAGCUCAGUAUGUUAAAGUGCCUUUUCUAGAGUAUCAUGUAAACACUGCUUUGGUUAAGGAACUUGUGAACUACAUACCAUGCAAGUAGAGUUUGAGAGAAAAGUCCAACACUGAAGUUGUAAUACUUGCUGACAGUUUUUUGCUGUUCAGUAUGUAGAAAUAAAUGUUUCACUCUGGAAUUUUGCAAACUUAUCGCUCAGUUAUUCAUAGUUCCAUCACAUGUAGUAGUGUUUUAGUCUACAGCCUUGUUAGUACAAUUCUCGAGGGUAAAAAGAAAAACACUUGGGAAGGGCAUUUUGUGACAUACCCGUUUUGUAUAUGGUUUCACUUAGAACAGCUUAAAACAGAAGACAGUUCUGCUAAUUCAUACGGAGUACUGAAGUCAAAGAAACUUAUAACUUGGCUAAACACCCCAGAGUGUCAAUGGCUGCAAAACCUGUCUUGCGUGUAAAAUGCCUAGAAAUUUCUAGGUUUUGACUGUACACCAGGAAUGUCACUGAAAGUUUCAUUACUAAUAUAAAGUAGUGUUGUGCUACGCUCCAGAGGUGCCUUAGGGCAACUGCUUGCAUUUGCCUAAUUAGAUUAAUGGGUGGAAAAUGAUGCCUAACAGAAUCACUCAGUGAAUUUGCUCUUAACAGCAUUGCUUACAAUGUACUUAUUAUUUAUUUAUUUUUUAACAGUGUAGUUUUCUAGACAGAGUACAGGAGUAUACACGUCAGGUACACAUAAUCAGAAUCAAGAUGUAGGGAGCAACACCUUUUUUUGUUGUAGCGUAUUUCCAGCUUUUGUUAUGAUCAUAUCUCCUUAACCUACCUCUAUAUAGAUAUAUAUAUAUAUAUAUCUUGCGUUUGUGUUGUCCUUCAUCUUUUAUCUUGGACACUGUUCUUUGAUCUAUAUAAUAUGAAAAGUAACAGCACAUUCAGUAACCUUCUCAGGACAGUAGUCCAUUUGUUAAUUUGUCAAAUUUUCUUCUCCGUUUUCAUUCUCAAAGUCAAAUGAGCUUGCCACAGCAUAGCAAAAAAUAAUCCCCCUAAUGCAAGUCUGAGAGAAUUUCAGUGGCAUCCCGACCAUAUUUACCCUCAUUUAUGGCAAGUCAUAUAUUGGGCUGUAGUUGAUAUGGGUCCUUUAGAUCAGUUUAGUUCAGUCCAGAUGUGCAGCUACCAGUUGAAUACCACACUUUUUCCAUUGUUACAGAGGAAGGCUUUAUUUGCUGUUUAGUAAACUGUUAUGUAUGACUUUCCCAUACUAUCCGUUACAGUUUUGGCUUUGAUAAUGCAGAUACAUUUGCUGUUUGUUUUCUUUACUUCAGUAGCAGGCAGAGAUAUAUAAAUCAUUUUGUAAACCUGCUGUGUGUAGAAGUAUGCUAUAUACACAGAGCACUCAUGACCUUUAUUUGCUGAUGAUAUUGUACUAUGUUUACCUCACUGUUGACCUCAUGCUUUACUGACAGGCUAGGCGGGCAUUAGUGCCGUGAUUGAACUGUUUGUAUGCAUGAAUACUAUAUGUGAAUGCUACCAGGUCUGGGUCAGCACUUCCAUUACUCUGCCAAUGCUGCAUCUCCCUCUGCUUUACUAUUAUCACUGCUUUGCCCUUAAGAUUUUCUUUUUGGUAUAACCUCCUAGUGUCCAUGUUUUACCAAAUCUGUCUGCAGAGACUGAUAGCAGAUAGUAAAUAUGAACAGCUUAAAAAAAUUGAAACUUCAUAUAAUCUGUUGCAUACAUAUAAACUGUAACAGUAAAUUAACAUAUUUAUUAAAACUUCGUGUAAACCUUUACGUCCAUAUAGUAACAUUUACUAUUUUAACAGUUUGUAUAUGUAAAACAUUUUAAAACUUCAUAUAAAGUUUUACAUGCAUAUAAACUGAUUAUUUUAACAGUUUAUGCAUGUAAAAGUUUGUAUGAAUUGUUAAUAAACUUUUUUUUUGGAGCUCUAAGUUGCUUGUAUCUACCUUCAAGAGCUACCCCACAACUUACCUUGUCCUGUCAUGGGUAUUUGUUGCCCCUGCAUUUCUAGCAAACCAUUCUUUGCAUCCUCUUUUUGUCUGAUAAUGAUGUAAUUAAAAAGUCCAACUUAUAGCAGUUUUAUGAAAUGUAGAUACUAUACUUGCCUGUUCCUGCACAACACUGAUUCAGAUAUCAGCUUGUAUUCUGGGGGACAACUCUGUAUUAAGGAACUGAUUAGUGGUGGGCUGCUGACUUGUGUUUUGUAGAGAGAAAGGAAGAAUGGAAAAUUAUGAAGAAUGUUAGGAGUCAGUUCAGGCCAUACAAGAAACAAAGUGGGUUAAUCAGAUCAAGAAACAGUGCAGAUGUGUAUUUGGGCCUUUGCAUGUUUUUGAGACAGUGAGAAGUACAGCAAAAAAGGGGGACUAUUUUCCCUUCCAGUCUUAUGCCAUUAGAUACCAGUUACACCUCUCUUGCUUCUUGGAGGAAAGAGAAAUACAGGUAACUGAGCUUGUACCUCAAUGUGAAUUUGUUGGUGGGUGGGGAGUGGGGGGCAGACUGAGGGAAAAAAGCAUAGAGAUCGGUGUGAUGCAAACAACAUGCUUAGGCCCUGGUUUGAUCCUAUAGCAACUGUACUUCCAGGAAGUGUGUUCUCUUGAUAAUGGGGAGCUGAUUCUGAGGUUAAAGUUGGUGAGAGGCAUUAUGCCACUUGCUAAUGUACCCUUUGGUGAGGGGAGUAUCCCAUUUUAGGUAGCAAACAUAUUUUCUUCAUAUUUGCUCUGGAUAGUAACUGUUUUAUUUGUCUUGUAUUGAAUAUUAAUGGGCACUUGCAUCAUCUUUAGCCUUACUAAGUAUAGUGUUUCCCAACCAUCAAUUUAAAUGUUUGCUAGGUAAAGGGGAGUUAAUGACCCAUUUAAUAUUUCCUAACAUUGGUAGGUAAAGGGGAGUAAUGACCCAUUAAUAUUUUCUAAUCUUAACCUUUGAACCAUGGCAUAUGGUACAAAAACUACCAAACAGCACCUUUACCUAGUAGGGAGCAUUUUCUUGUAUUUCAACAAGAAAAACACUUAAACAAUGUGCUUUCCAUACACUGACUCCAGUGAGGAAAAACAGUAAACUUUAACCUGAGGGGAAUCAAUGUAGGACAAAUGUGUUUUGCUACCAUAGACUUUAAUGGGCGCACCACCGGCAUGUGUGAAGUUACCCCAUUUAAAGAGUGUGGACACAAGUGUUACCGGCCAAGGUAAUAUUACAGUAGUAAAUGCUAAAUUUAUUUGGGCUGUGGUUGAAUGAAAAAGUUUACAAAAUUUUAUUAAAAAAGGAUCCAAAUACAUAACUAUAGACAGUGAAAAAGCUGAAUCGCUAAUCAGAAACAAGUCAGAAAAACACACACUCACAAUCUCGGUAGUGUAGCUAGUGUGGGGCAAAAGGGAUGGCUGCCCCAGAUGCAAAUUCACAAUCUCGGUAGUGUAGCUAGGGUGGGGCAAAAGGGAUGGCUGCCCCAGAUGCAAAUUGUAGGGGGUGCACAAUCAGCUGAUCCACAUCUCACUUUAAUGCAAGUAGUUAACUGCAGUUUAAAAGUGAAAAAAAUGUGUGUGUAUGUAUAACAUGCAGAAGGACAAUCCGGGCAAGGCAUAGAAAUGGGGUCUGAAUGACUGUGGCGAGGUGGGGGGCAUAGCAGUAGAAGGAACAGACUUUUAUUUUGGCUCCUCAGCGGAAAAACUCUGGUAGGCGGCAUGGAUCUAACUGUAAUAAGUUGAUGGCUACAAAGUAGCCAUCUGCUCAUUACACUAAAUUGUUUCUGCUAUUCAGUGGAAGAGUUUGGGAGGGGGACAGUGGAUCUAAGUGAUGAUUUUUGGUUUUCAAUUGAAGAUCUAAGGGGGGGCACUGGUUUGUUAUACCAUCACAGGGCACUGGUUGAGCCUGCUGUGCUUCUGUAUAUAUUUAUAAUUUGCUUUGCAUGGUUGCAUUGAAUAUAGAUGAGCCAUAUUUCAGUGAACUACGGCUAGUUGAAAACAAUGCAUCAAAUUUGUACCCAUCAGCUGUCUGGGAGCAGGAAAGUUCAGGACUUGUAUCCCUUUUGGCCCUAUUGUAAAGUCAGUGUCAGGUGGGAAGCAGGAAAAAGGAGAACUUGAUCCCAUGCAAGAUAAAUGUUAAAGGUUGUUUGCAACUCCUUUGGUCAAGAGUUUGUGUAUUAUUUUUCACAAAUCAUAGCUUGCUGAAUAUCAACUUUACUGCUUUACCACCUUCUUGAUGUGUGCCAACGCUAACUGUGCACCUUACAUUUCCUUAAUAGUACUACUGCACAAAACGCUCACUAAAUCUGUCCUCUCCCAUAAGCUUUGCCAUAACCCUAACCUGCAAACAUACUGCCACACCCUAAUGCCAGUGUUAGUCAUUAAAAUCCCAAACCCCCUCUUACUUUACCCACACAUGCACACUAUGAUCUUUCUUUCAACAUCUCCAACAAAAGAUGAGUUGCUCAGCAAACGUUCUAAGCACUCACUCUGUUGAAUUGACAAUUUGAGAGAGUGAAGUGAGUUUGCUUUUAAUAUGAGGAAUUACUCCAUUCUGAAGUAUUACGUAUAUACUCCCAUACUAUGACCUAAUUUCUUAUAGAAUUUACAGUUCACUUUCUAGAUUAACAGGGUUAUGUACUGACUUCAAACAAAGCAGGAAAAUCAUGCUUAAGCCACACAAAGUGCAGCAACCAAUAACCAGCCAGAAAAGCACUGCAGAGGAACCUUAUAUGGUUAUUUACUUAUUCUGUGUUGCUGUGACUAUUUAUGAAAGUUCAGUUGGUUUUAAUUGUCAGUAAACAUGAUGGGUUAUGGGAUUUGGAUUAUAUAAACCCCAGAAUUGUUUAGUGUGUUACAUCUGAUGAAGUAUGUGAAACAAAAAUGCUGUGAUUUAGUUAAGCAUUUUAAUAAAGUUUAAUUUAGAUUAUCCUGAAUAGAGCCUGGUUCCUCUGCAAUGCUUUUGGAGGUUUAUGUACCGCAUAUGCCAUGAUCCCACUCCAAAAGCAGUAUCUUAUUUAUGUUUGCAGAGUUUGAUGUCUGAUUUGCUCAAAAUUCUUUUAAAAUUAGCAGAUAAGUUAAAGCAGCAACUUAAAGAAGUCAUUAACAUGUGGAUGUAGAGAUUUUGGGGCCAGCUUUUGUCUUAAUCUUCUUUAAUAUGCUAGACCAGAGUUAAUGGCAGCAAACCACUGUAUUUCAGCAGUGGGAACUGACACAUUGCUUGCCGAUUCCACUCAGGAUUACAUUCUAAAUAAAGAAGUCUAUUACAUAAAUGUAUAACCUAGAUUUCUGGUGAUGAAAAAAACUGUGGUUCAGUGACCUGUAAUAACUACAAGUUACAUUUACGUCAUUCGGCUUUCCAUGAGACUUGCUGUUAAUGUACAGUAUGGCCUGGAGUGUGAAAAGCUUGACCUUCAGUAAAUCUGAGGUUUUAUUUUGACUAAUUUGCAGUUUUUCCUUUAUUUUGAACAUAAGUGGUGGAAGUUAUAAUAACGUUCUCUGUUAAUUCAUCAAGAUUUGCAACAUUUGUCGAUGCAUCAGAUGUCUUGAGAUAAGCAACCAUAGUCCUAUUGCAAAAAUUCAAGUGUCAUCAUAUUUUCAUGCUCCUGAUUUAAGCAGCAGAAGUACAGCUUUUGGAAGAAUACAUACCUAAGUCAAGUACCACAGUUCUUGUUUUGUGCUGUUAUGUCAAAAAUUAUAAAAGAAACCUCAAGAUUCUUUAGUGAUAAUAGUAAAUCACUUAAAGUAACAGUUUCGAUACUUGUCUUAAAAGAGAAUAGACUGGUAUAAAUACCUUCAGUAGCAUUUAAGGAGAAAUAUUACAUUUUCAGUUGCAUUAUAAGAAGCCUCUUGAACAAGUAUGAAACCACUUAAAAACUGGCAGUUGCAUCUUUGUUGCAUACUUACUGUUAAACUGCAUAUGGAAUACUGUACUACCUUUUGUGUUGGAAUGUAUUGCAGUUAAGUUACUACCUCCACUACAAAAAACAUCUUAUGAACUGAUGUAUCUUACUUGGGAUGAUGUUUUUUGUUUGUAAUGUGUUUUUUCCAUGUCUUGUGUAUUGUUAAAAAAAAACUGAUCCAAGGGCAUGUAGUAUAUUAUAAAGUACACUUUGAUUUAGAGUUAAUAAAAUGGUUGGAAAAAGCA